GGGCUCGUGGAUGGGUAGUAGGUUACCUUCGUACCAGCCCCGUGGGAUACCUUUCGCUGACCUGAUGUGGGCUUUGGAGCACGGGGUAGAGGAGUCGCCUUCGAGACAGGCUCGGCUGUUCUACCUCCAUUUUAUUACUUCCACUUUUCUAUCGGGUCCGACUGACACCUUUGACUCGAGGUGGAUAGGCAUGGUGGAGGACGUGUCUACAUUGGGUGACUAUCGCUGGGGCGAUUUGGGCUAUGCGACGCUUGUCGGCCAGAUGAGUUUGUCGGUGCGCGUCUCGGACCCGAGUAUACGUCACUUUGUGAUUACAUUAGCGGGAGUGCCGCGUUUGAUCGAGCUGUGGGCCUUUGAGCACUUACCCUGGCUGGCUCCCCGAAAGGGGCAGAGGCCUUUGGAGUUCCCUGCCGGUCGCCGUUGGGGUUGGAAGAAGAAGCUGACAGUGCGUCCGCCGCCCGAUACCGUGUGGGAUCUUAUCCGGGACGGGAACCCUGAGCAUGUGGUUUGGACCCCAUGGCUCUCUUUUAGGGGUACCCAUGCUUCGGUCAGGGAGAGUUAUGCCCUGAGCCAGAUGCGGGUCUUGUUCGUUGGCCGUCGGGACCCUGUCUAG